CGGUUGUCACAGAGUACAGACCAAUAACAUAGCAUGUCGUAGUCGCACUAUGACUUUUGCACAUAAUAUAAAUAAAAUAUUUAAAUAUUUUUUAUGCGGUUUUUGUAAAUAUAGUGAUAUAAUUAUGAGUAACAUCUUUAAAUCUUCUUUGGAAGGAAUCCAAUAGAUUACUUUAUGAAGGAACCCUACUAAGGUGUACAUGCAAGGCUACAUGUACAUAUUAUUAUUAGUAAGUUUAAUAUUUAUCCAAAUUCUAUGAAAGUGGAAGUCUCCAAGUCUUUAUAGGUAAGUACUAGAAAAAACAAAAAUGUUACGGCGUGAAGUUCUUAGAAAACAAGCACGAAACGUGGUCUACUAUGUCCAUUGCUACAUGGCAAAGGAAGCGGAGGAAGGCGUCCAUAACGUAAAACAAAUACAACAACGAACAGCUGAAGCUACCCAAACAAGCACUGUGACUGUACGCCGAAUCGUGAAAGAAGCAAAGGCUAAUGACAUGUGUAAAAUAACCAGAACCCCCGGCAAAAAAAGACUUAAACGUAAAAGAGUUACUGGAUUUGAUAAUUCUGAACUAGGUGCAAUCAAAAGAUUUAUUCAUACUUUUCACUUAACGUGUAAUGAAUUUCCUACCGUUAGCAAAUUACUACCUCAGUUGCAAAGCAAGUUUAAUUUUAAAGGUGCUGCUGGCAGUGUCAGGAGAAUCGUUAAGAGCAUGGGCUUUCGAUGGAAAAGAACAGAAGACAAAAAUAGAAUACUCAUUGAAAAGUCAAAUAUCAGGCUGAAAAGAAUUGAGUAUUUAUUUCAAUUACAACAAUAUUGUGAACAAGGAAGAAACAUAGUGUAUAGUGAUGAGCUUUAUUUAGAACGAGCAGUGGAGCAAAAAGCAGCCUCCAAAAGCCAACGUGUGGUUGCUAUACAUGCUGGCUCUGAAGCUGGGUUCAUACCUAACGCUUUACUUGUAGCUGAAUCACAUGAUGACUAUAGCAAUAUAAGUGAUGAUGUUUACUUUGAUUGGCUUCAAAACAAAUUAAUCCCAAAUCUUCCACCGAGAUCAGUUGUAGUAGUUGAUACUGCUUCCCCUCACGAUAAAGAAUAUGACCCAGCACCAAGCUCUAAUGCGAAGAGGUCUGACAUGACGGCCUGGCUUGAUCAGAAAGGAAUUCAUUAUACACCUGACAUGUAUAAACCUCAACUGUACCAACUAAUAAAUGAAAAUAAGGACCGUUUCAAAAUACUCGCUUUAGACAAAAUGUUAACAGAUUCCGGGCAUGACGUCUUACGUAUACCCGCACAUCAUCCAGAUUUAAACCCAAUCGAAAUGGCCUGGGCUGCAAUCAAAACUUAUGUCACUAGUAAAACCAAAGAGUUUAACGUAAGUAAAGUUAAUGAUUUCGUGAAAGAGAAAAUUGACGCAAUUGGUCCUGAAGAGUGGAAAAAAAUGUGUCAGGAAGUAAGGGAAAUUGAGGACAGUUACAGAAAUAACGAACUUAUAAUAGACACAUUAAGUGAGACUAUUGUAGCUGGAGAUAUGGACAGCAGCUCAGAAUCUGAGGACAGUGAUACUUCUUUAUCAUCUGAUGAAGACAAAUAAUAUAUUAUAACUCACUAGAUGUUGUAAC